AUGUUUCGCGAUAGGCAGCAGCGUACGACUCUUGCACGUUCUGAUCACUCGAGGAGCCAGCUGGUUAAAACGGCACGCGGCUUCAUCUACGAAAAGAAUUACGGUGUUGACAGCACAGCUGUCGAGUCGCUUUUGAAGCCUGAAUCAUGGGUACCAACCUCUAACACUUUUUCAGAUUGCCUUGGUUCUUUUGGAUUCAAUGUGUUUGUCGCGCUCGUGGUGGAUCUGCUGCACGAGUUUGAACUUGGAGACCUGAUCCAUGAGCUUGAUAAGAGGUACAGGCAGGUCCCCCCAUUCGGCUCAGCGACCAUCAGGAGAUUCUCUGCAAACACUUCUGAUAUGUCCAACUUGGCUGCUCGUAACUUCGAAGACCUUUUACAAUGUUCAAUCCCUGUUUUCGAUGGUCUGCUUCCAGAUCAUCACAACAAAAUUCUUAUGGAUCUUCUUUUCGUCAUGGCCCACUGGCAUGGAUUGGCGAAACUUUGCAUGCACUCCGACCUCACCCUAGAAAUUCUCAACCAACAGACAACGGAUCUUGGCGAACAAUUUCGUGAGUUUAAAGCGAAAGUUUGCUCUGCAUAUCAUACCCAAGAACUCGAUCGUGAAGUCGACGCACGAUCUCGUCGACAGGCAAAGGAUGUGGCCAAACGGGUAGAGACAGGCAAGGUGAAUAAUGUCGGGCAAGUGACUGCGGCUCCACAAUCUGAGCCAGGUGCCAUCAGUAAAGGAAAAAGAAAAGCGAGUCUGGAGCAGUCCCAGGACAUACCUGUGCCAAAGCAGCUGCGAAGGAAAAAGUCGUUUAAUUUUCGAACUUACAAGUUUCACGCACUCGGAGAUUACGUAGCCUCCAUCCGUCAUUUUGGAACAACGGAUUCAUACAGCACCGAACCAGGAGAACUAGAGCAUCGUACGUCAAAAGGCAGAUAUUGUCGUACUGAUCGAAAGGCCUUCGUUCGCCAGCUAACUCAGAUCGAGUGUCGCCAGACACGUUUGCGCCGCAUCAAGCAAUGGCAACAACGAAAAGACUUCCAUACAGAGGUGAAUGAAAUGACAAACGACCCCGAAGUACAUCAUUAUAUCGGCCAAAGCGAGAAGAAUUAUGAUGAUAUUGGUCACUACCUCCGCAGCCACGCACAUGACCCUGCUAUGAAGUCCUCAGCAUCCAUCAUGUCAAUAUUGUUCGUGUGGGGAACGUAUAUGAAUCCCACCGAUUGGAAUUCCUUUUUGUUCGAUGGCCGUGUUCGUUUCAUGCCCCUGGCAGAUGAGAAUGCAUUUGGCUUUGUAGACCCGGGUGUUGUUCUUCGGGCAUGCCACAUAAUACCGGCCUUCUCCCAUGGACAACGCGAUCCCACGGAACACGGAAUUUCUCCUCUUGCGAGAGAUAAAUACGAUUGGCACAAGUUUUACAUCAACAGCUUUGUCGAUCGAGACACGCUAAUGUGCUUCCACUUUGGACUUGGAGUUGGGCAUGUGUACUCCCACGACACAGAAAAAUACCUUUGUUCAACUCAAGGGGCACCUCACCUUCCAACAAUGCAAAUGGGACAUGGAUAUCCAGAAAGAGAAGAAGGCCUCUGGGACACCACCAACGGGGAAGCUCCUGACGAUGGUGAGGAGGGUGAAGAGGGUGAGCAUAUUGCUGUCGAGGAGUUGAACCAUUUUCAACAGGAGCAAAAUGGAAGCACAGAGUCACUAAUUGAUGCUCUCGACGAAAUGUUUAGUACUGACCAUGCCUUUGAUUACGAAAACUAG